AUGGCGACCCACGGCCUGAACCUUUCCGGCGUCCUAUACGAGACCAAGCGCAUCAUCAACGCACACUCCCGUCAUUUCCUUGCCCUCUCCGUCCUCUUCCUCCUCCCUCUCUCCUUCUCUCUCAUCGUCUACCCUUCCAUCACGCGCUCCUCCUCCACACUCUCUCACUACCACCAAACCCUAUCCUUCUUCUUCACCUCGCCGGAUCCCGACGCGCCGCCGAUCCACAAAUCCGAUCUCGUCCUCCCGACUCUCUACGGACUAUUCGUCCCCAUCCUCUCCCUCUGCGCCACCUCGUCGAUCACCUACAGCACCUUCCAUGGAUUCUACGGGCGGCCGGUGAAAUUCGUUUCCUCGAUAAAAUCCAUCGUGUUUUCCAUUUUCCCCUUAAUCGCAACACUAAUCGUCACCCAAUUGAUCCUAGGGCUUGUCGUCCUUGCAUUUGGGGGUUUCGCGGCGAUGGUCUACAGCGGGGUCUCGCUUUUAGGGUUUGAAAUCGAGUACGAUAAUGUCUACUUCAUGGUAUUUGCUUUCGCCUUAGCCGCUCUUGUCCUGGCCGCGUGGAUCUACCUGCGGGUGGAGUGGUGUUUGUCGAGCGUGAUCGUGAUUGUUGAAUCACAGUGGGGUUUUGCACCUCUGAGAAGGAGCUCGUAUCUGGUGCACGGGAUGAGACCGGUCGCGUUGCGGAUGAUCCUGCUGUUUGGGUUGCUUCUCGGGUGCCUGGCGGCACUGUUCUCGUCCCUGGUGCCGGAGGCCGGUGGUAUCGCUGGCCGGUGGGUCAGCUGGGUCUUCAUUUUCCAAACGGUGGUCUACACGGCCUUUAUGACGAUCUUGAUGCUCUACAGUAUAGCCGCAAAUACUGUUCUGUUUAUGUACUGCAAGGCUUUGAGGGGUGAGCUGGCGUUCGAGAUUGCUGAGGAGUUUGCUCAGGAGUACAUCAGCUUGCCAUUUGAUGACGGGAAGGUCCCACAUGUGGUUUAUGUUGUCUAG